ACGGACACAUCACUCCACCACCCAAGUCAAGCAUUCAACAGCUCAUUUCUGCGGCUUCCCAUUGAUCUUCACUCUUUUGUUUGCUGUGCGACAUUACUCACUUUUUCGUGCUGCACUACCAUCAGCGCAUACUGCAGGCAGUCAAUUGCGCGUUUGUCUUCAGCUUUCUUCCUUUCGUUGGACUCUCUUCGUCUUCUCUUGUGUUCAACACAGUCAAAGAUUGCUCUCGUUUUCAAUCGCACUGUUAAAACAUCCUCAGCUUUCUUCACUUCAACCAACUAUCUACGGCAGCAGUGACACCAAUCGUACCUGCCCUGAUCAACCACCUCAUUAGCCACAACACAAUCUCAUCUAUCAACAAUGUUCCGUCUCAAGAGUUUGGACGCCACUCCUGCAGCCAUCAUCAACCCUGCGCUCAAGCCGAACCCUAUACCAGGCAUGCCGCUCGUCGAAUGUAGCCUUGCCGAAUUUAUUGCCGGUCAGCCUAAAGGCUUCACUCAUGUCGCCGUCUCCGCAGCUGUCUUCCACGACGAUCGUCUUCUCUUGGUUCAGCGUGCCGAGAGCGACAGCUAUCCUGGCCAUUGGGAGCUGCCUGGCGGAUCUGCCGAUCCCAGCGACAAGUCCAUCAGCGAGUCGGUUGCACGCGAGUUGUUCGAAGAGACUGGUCUCAGAAUGAAGCGCAUCCUCACCGAAAUCCUCCCUCCUACCACCUUCUCCACUGGAUGGGGCAAGCGUCAGAAGACAUGGCUCAAGGUCAACUUUGUGGUCGAAGUCACUGCAGAGGACAAGGCACGAGUCGAACACGAGGUCGAGAUGCAAGGAUCUGGAUCGGGUCAGGAGCUCGUGCGCAAGGAUAGUGUCAUUGCCGUCGAUCCUCCCGCCAUCAAGCUUCAUGACAAGGAACAUCAGAAGUACCAGUGGAUCUCGGCUGAGGAGGUCAUCAAGAACAGAGUCGCUAUGCCGGGUGAAGGUGCAAUGGAGUUCAUCUCGAUGGACAGUGUGUCAGUCAUGCUUGAGGCAUUCCGCUUGAACAAGCACAUCCAGAAGGCGCAGGCUAUUGAAGCACUGCAGGAGGCCGGAACUGAGGACAGCAAGGCUUAAAUGUCAUGAUGCAGGACGAGAAGACAUGGCGGCUGCUAAUUAAAGACGACGGAAGACCGCGAGAUUUGGCAGAUCUUGGUUUCGAUGCAUGCAAAAAGGAACAGAGAUAGAAGGAUGGCUUACAGGUCUGGGCAGGGUUUUAUUUCGAGGAUACCCAUCUGCAGAGGGAAUGCGAAAACGAAGCUCAUGUAUCUCACGAAUCAAGGCAAUCGUCAGCUUGGCAACACGAGCACAAGCAUA